AAGUGAAACACGCUGACGUUUGCAAUCUCUUCUGCAUCACAUUUUUCAUGGCAAUGAAGAGAAGUGAAAAUUUAGUUAAAAUUAUUUCGCUUAGUUUUUAACGAAUUACACAGCAUAAGUCGUGAAAUUAUCUACUCAAGUGUUUCGUCGUGGAUAAUUUCGGAUCUACAAACAAAAUUUAAUGAUGCUAGGCUUGCAGAAAUUUUACCGAAAUAUUGGAAUUUGUGUAUUCAAACGAAAUUUCAGUGCUCCAGUGGCACCAUUUGCGUCCCACGUCAGUGCGGACGAGGGAAAGAGUGACGAAAUCCGAGAAACUGAUGAGAGGUCCAGCACGAAUUCAAACCGGGCUAAAAAAAUUGAGCCAGCCGUCAAUUCAUCUCGCGCUAAGAAUCCAAUAGUUGCGGCAGCUUUUGCAUCGUUGCUACAAGAAGACAGCCGACGAGAUGCUUCAACGGAUCAAGCUGUUCCUAAUAAAAUCGACGAGCAGAUCAUCAAUGCUAACACGGUGAAUGAAUUGCUACGAAUUCCCGGACAAUCAAAAUUAUCACGAAAACAAGCAUUGAAGAUUGUAUCUAUCUUGGCGGAGUGGAGUUCGAUACAGAAAGUGAAAUUAUCGGACUUCGAUAAUGAUACACGUUUUAUGCAAUUGUGCAACGUGCUUGGCAGGACAACUAACCGGAAUAAUGUAUCCAAAUCGCAAGCGAACCAGGUUGCUUCGCUACAUGUGGACGAUCUACAAACUGUCUUGGGAAUAACUGCUAAUGAUGAGGCAGCGAAGUUGAUCGUAGGCCUCUCGAUACUUCAAAUGAUAAAGGUGAUGUCUGCGCUGGCCCAGAAGAAAAAACGUAGCACCCCGCUUUUACGGUCGCUUGCGUUUAAUAUUAGUAGCAAUACUACCAAACUAAAUCUUAAGGAUUGUGGUGAUCUGCUAUUCGCGAUGGCAAGUUUGAACUUUCGUGAUCCGGUGCUUACGGCACGAAUUUGCACCGAUGUGGACUCUGAACUUGCGACUAAUAAGAACAAACCAGCACCUAUCGGAUCAAUACUAACCAGUUUGAGUCUGCUUCGAUACCGUGAUACCACAAUAUUGGAUCAACUAGCCGAUUGGAUUGUCGUUAAUAGAGAAGUGUGUAAACCAUCCCAUGUCAGUGCAUUGCUUCUUUCGCUGGCUACUCUUAACUAUGAACCAACAAACAUGGACGCUAUUAAAUCAAAAUUAAUCAGUAAUUUGUCGGAAAGUGACUUCAUCAAAUCUACAGAAUGGUUAAACACGGUUUGGUCUUUAGCUGCCCUAAGUUGUGCUACUAGUCAACAUCUGGCCUCUGUGUUGAAUCCCACUUUCAUCGCAGCUCUGGAACACGAGCGCAAUGGCGAGUUAUCUCCAGCGAAUAAAAUGAAGCUACUGAAUUUGAAUGCCUAUGCUAAGCUUGAAUUGGGCUCCGAACAAGCAAACAACCAAGGUGGGAUUAAUUUCAACGAUCCAAAGUUUUUCGUCCAUAUUGACGCAACCAAGGAGAAGCGGAUACUGAUUGCAGGCAUGUUGGACGCACUAAAAAGUUUACUCCCGUCCGAGAAUCACGUCAGAAUCAAUCAAAAGACACCCAUGGGUUUCGCUAUAGAUGCUGAAUGUGUGCUGGACUCCAAAUGUUUGCCAUUGCCUGUUGACAAAGAGCAUUCGACAGCAAAAAGGAUUGCACUACUUGUGCACGACUAUCAUGACAUGUGUCAAGGGCCUAAUCCCUCCCUGAAUGGACUGCAUAUGCUAGCCUGUCGUCUGCUGAAGAAAAGUGGUUAUUCCGUACUAUCUGUUCCAUACAAUGAGUUCAAUACCAGUGAUAAGUUACUAAAACGAGUUGAGUAUUUACAGAAAAUGUUCAAAGCUAUUGUUAGUGAAAAAGCUUAAUUGUACAUAAAUAGGUAAAUAUGAAUACACAAGCCGUAGGAACCGAA